GGAGAGAGAGAGGGAGAGAGGGAGGGAGAGAGAGAGAGAGAGAGAGAGCUGAGCAGAGGUGGUGGUGGUGGUGAGUGAGGAAGGGAUCGCGAAGGGGGGAAGAAACAGAGACAUGACACAAAUAUCAAAAGGCAGAGAGCGCGCAGUACCAUGCGAGCUAAAUUGGUGAGCGACGGGCUCGAGGAUAUCGGAUUAAUGGUGACUGCCGCGGCCCGUCUUCGCAGAGGAAGCUUCUCUAUCGCAACUUGGGCGCAGAGGGUCCGCGGGGAAACAUGGCCGAAGGAGGGCCCCGUAAAGGUGGCGGAGAAGAACCCGCCAAGUGCACCGAGCCCGAGGACCGGACUCGACCUCACAACCUGUCGGGAUCGGGCUUCUGCAAGUGGUUCAACGUCCGGAUGGGCUUUGGAUUCAUCUCAAUGACCAGCAGCGAGGGUCGCCCCGUCGACCCCCCUCUGGAUGUUUUCGUCCACCAAAGCAAACUGGUGAUGGAGGGCUUCCGCAGCUUAAAGGAGGGUGAGCAGGUGGAGUUCACCUAUAAGAAAUCCUCCAAGGGCCUGGAGUCCCUGCGGGUGACCGGACCCGGUGGGGGGUCGUGCGCAGGCAGCGAGAGGAGACCCAAAGGGAAGGUCCCGCUGCAGAAACGCAAACCAAAGGGAGACCGCUGUUAUAACUGUGGAGGUCUGGACCACCACGCCAAGGAGUGUGGUCUGCCCCCCCAGCCAAAGAAAUGCCACUACUGCCAGAGCAUCACGCACAUGGUGGCUCAGUGCCCCCACAAGGCGCCGGCGCCCGCCACGGGCUCUCAGGACCAACAUGUGUCUACCUCGGCCUUGAGCCCCGGGGGGGGGCCUCUCCUCGGCCCGCCGGAGGAGGAGGGGGAGGAGCAGCGCUCCGGCUCGUCUCCCCUCGAGGGCUCCUCCUCCUCCCCCGAGGAGCCUCACACGCACCGCGGCCCCCGCACCCAGAGGUGGAGGAAAUCGUGAAUACGGGCCGGUGGAGGUGAAACCUUUCACCGCUACCCCUUCCUCCCCCCGACCGUCGUGUCUCCCCUCAAUCAAGGAUACCUGAACCCCCCCUCACACUUCAUCUACCUCACACCUGCAAAAAACAACAACGGGACCUCUCGAUUUCUUCACCUUUGCUUUCCUGACAGUGCAGCUCGGGCAGCGAUCAUCGGGGGGGACGUGACCGCGUGUGACCCACCUGCAGUCAGCUGGUGCGUCCAUGGCAACCGCUGCUGGAAUGGUGACCGCGGGGACGGACUGUUUUUCCUUCUUUCAAUCAGUGCAGCUCAAGAGGGAAACAACGAGGUACAAAUCCUCUUCUCCCCCUUUUUUUGUUUUCUUUUCUUGGAUCCACUUUUAUUUUAUUUCAUUUUUUUAAAGCCUGUGGGUCCAAUCAUUCUGAGUGGCACACACGGUAGCUCGUCCUUAAAAAAAGGAUUAGGAGAAGACUGCAAAGAGCUGGAGACACUCUCGGCCGUAGUGCAGACUCACAGGAUUGUCUGCUCGGGCGUAUGAAGAUCAUGAGGGAAACUUCAUGAAUUCCAGAGGGAAUUGUUUUAAAAGACGAGUGAGCUGCUGCACAUUCGCCACAAACCUCUUACACAACGCAGACCGGACCAGCUGAUUGUCGCGGCGGGAGCAUGUGUAUUUGUGCACGCGCGUGCGAGACGCGGAGAGAAAACCGGAAGGUGUGUGUUUGCGUGCCCGCGUUGUGCGUCCCGAUUGUCGUACCGGCCUCUUCUCUAGUUGUGACUCAACGCUGUUACCGUUUGGGUUUCCUAUAAUUAGACAUAGAUCAGCUUUGCUAACACGUUGUAUAAUCCCGCUAGAUCAAAGUUCAUCAUUAGAAUUUCCACUUUGGUUCUUGCCUAAUUAAACGAAAUUAACAUUAGAGCUUAUAAAUCAUAGUAUAAUUAAUUAAUAUAUGUAUACCCCUGAUAUAUAAAGAAUUAGUUCUGACAUAGCCUUGUAUAUUGCAUUGCGUGGAAACUCGUAGCGCUCUCUCUAUUUAACUGUUUUCAUCUACCACGAAUCAAAUUGACCUUUUAAAAAAGAAGAAAAAAACCCUCUUACUCCACGCUUUCUUUAAAUAGUCGGGUACCACGUGUGGCCCGGCACACCUUGUCUGGCGAUGCGGUGCAGACCACCACGCUGUCGUCACAGCUGCCCUCUUCCUCACUCAACGCCUCACGAAAAAUACUUUACUCUUGCAAACGAAUGUCACGGGAAGGCUGAGCCGCCCGCCCCCCCCCCGGCUGUGAUGCAGUCGGAUGCAAGCGCCCGUUCCUUCCCCCCCACCCGUGCCUACCAGAUGUUAGUCAGCACCAGCCAGGCAACGCUCAGCCCCCCCUAACCCCCCCCCCCCCCCCCCGCUGCUGUUUCAGACUCACUGAGGAAACAGAGAGAGGGAGAGAUGCUUUUUAGAAUAACUUGAAUCACAAGCAUGGCUUUGGUGGCACUUAUUUGUGACCUAAUAACUCUUCUCUGACCGUAUUGAAUGUGAAAAGCUCAUCUGAAGCCGACCGCAGGCAAAGCUCACGCCGGGUCGCUUCAGAGUUAUAUCUUAAUGUUCUGACAAAUCACGUAACUUUGUAUGAUGAAAUCAAACUAUCUUGUGUGUUUUUUUUAAAAAGCUCAAAGUAGACAACCAACGUUUUUCGGUGUAUUUCUAUACCGAAUAGUUUGGCUUUAUUUUCUGAAGGUUUUUGAAGUUAAGAAGUGCUUGCUGUCGGAAUAAGAGGUAUUGCUGAAAGCGCUACACUGCGUUUCUUUUUUUGGGGGGGUUGAUGUACAGCUUUUUGAAUGUUUGCAUGCGUUAAGAAAAGAAAAAUUGAAUUCCAGCAAUGCAGCGGAAAACAUUACAGUAAAAAGCAAACAGUGAAUGACCAAACUACACAAAAAGCACAGCUCAAAUACCUACGGAAACAUCUUUUUCUACGGUGUAUUUGUACAUUUUUACACACAAUUCCUCUCAGGAUGAUAAACUGUUCUCAGGGAAUUUACCAAAAAAGUGUAUUUUAUUCUUUUGGGAAUCAUCCACUGACCGACUCCACAAACUCAACGGUGAAGAGACGUAUUCAUGUACUGAUAUUAGCAACUACCUCUGGUGUUAUACAUAGCUGUUCAUUUCUCUUUGUUUUGUAUAUUUUUGAUGGCGGGUGUCUCUAUUGUACUGACGUGUUGUGUGAGAAGUUCCCUCGUGUCGCCACAAACUCACCGUUCUUCCUUCCCGUACUUUUAAUUUUAUUUUACUGCUAAGCCUUUUUUUGUUUUUUGUUUACAGCAAAAUCCUACCUCAUAAUGAGCCGUUCCUCCACAAACUCCUUACGCCGCCUCCUCCGUGCAGUCGUCUGGUCAUUAUAUUGCCACCUGUGGCACAAGAGUCACACCGCAUCUUAAACAGCCCUGAAAUGGCUCCUCACUCCAAAUAUGUCUUACAGUCAAAUCCGUUUUUUCGUUGUUUUCCUGAGCGCGCUCCUCUCAGACGCACAGGGUGACCUUUCCUGUUUGUGGCCUUCGACAGCCAUUUUUACAGCCUUAGAUAAUCAGAGGUCGUGCGGUUUUGGAACUGAACCCCCCCCUUUUUUUUUUGCAAACUACUUUCGUAGUUUAGAGCGUCAUUGGAGUCCACAUGAAAUCAGUAGAUUUUGUACUAAUGGGGACAUAGACGUCAUUCUAAAAAAAAAAAAAAAAAUGUUUAUGGAGUUGAAUAUUUCAAGUGCUUUUUUAAAAACUAAAUCUCGUGAGAUCAAACAUUAAUUUAGCACACGGCUGCAGUAUUACGGUUCAUGUUGCAGUGGCUUACAUACGCUUCUUCUAUGCCAGUUAUGAACUAAAUACACGGCCGCGGUAAAAUAUAGUGAUAUCAUUAUUGUUAGUAGCUCUAUAUAUAUUUCUUCCAAUCAAUGUAACUACUGAUUGAGCUCUUAAUUGUCCUGUUCAUUUCAAAGCCAAGACACCUUCUCAUAAGGGAGAAUAUCCUCAACUGAAAUGGUUAUUGUAAAGUUUUGCCUAAAAAUCAGAUAAACAUUUUCCAAUUGCUCUUCAUUUUUGAGUGAUUGAAGAGCGUCUGAUCCAUGUGAUCCUCAGAAGGGUUUUACUCUAAAAAGAGACUAAACGUGGACAUUCCAGUCGUAUCUCAGUGUGGUCACAUCUUUUCUACUCAAUUCAAAUGGCUUCAUCGUAGCCGCUUCACAAUAAUGCAGUUCUGCCCUUUGUUGUGUUACUGAAGAAAGAUGAAUAUUAAGAUUCAUCAACAACUGUUUUGAUAUUUUUAUUUCAUUAUUGGACAAUUCAGGUAGUUUGGUCACGUGGUUUUUGGGGACUGAAUCCCUGUCGGUCGUCGCUGUCCUGCAGGAGUUCGACAUAUGCGAGCUGGCUGUGACCCCUUGACUUACGCUUGACCUCCUUUUUGGGCUUAAAUGACGACGACAAUAAUCAUUUUUCCAAGAAACACCGUCCUUUUGUUAACAAAUAAAGUGAGCCAGUAGAUUUUGCCUGAUAUCGUUGCUCUACAAUUAUCUCUUUGUUUUAAAUAUGGGGGAUCACUGUGUCGGGAUUUACUGGGAUUUAUUUUCGGCAAUUAAAUACUGUCUUCAAAACCAUUUCAGCGUUUUCAAUCGUGUAAAUGAACCCGAAACUUAAGAACCGUUGCGUUCAUUAGUUUAGAAUAAGCGGUUUAUAUCUACAUUUGGAGCGAGUCCGCCAUGUUCGUAUCCCAGAGUGGAUGUACCAAUUCUCCGAACUAAAGCUUUCCCUGCGUACUAAAUGGCGUGGCAGUGGGCUUUGGCGUGCACAGACGUGGCUUUGGAGAUGUAUUUCCCCUGAAGGAGUCGGUGGUUCUGUGACCUGCUUGUAAAGGAACCGUAACCUCCUUCACACGGCUCCUUUAAUACCGAACAGGGAGGAAAUGCUCCUACUUUCUAUCAGAAAGAUUUAUAUCAGUCUUACUUUGGUCCUUUUUGAAAUACACGGCCAGCUUCAGCCUCAGCCCGUCUGACCGCAGAGGCAACAUCUCACAAGCUUUUUAAAGGGUUUUAUUGUCUGUUUCUCACUCCUGACAGGAGCAUAUAAACACUCUGAACUUUGAGAAUGUCAAACCUACUGGGUUUUUUAGCUUUUAAGGGAACAUUCCGGGUCAAAAAAACAACCCAAAACCCCAAAAGAAUUAUAAGAAAAUCAUAUUCAGGUCUUUUUUUUUUAUGACAGAGAACAACUAAAUAAUCCUCCACGUUGUAUCAGCAGCCGCUCACUGCUCCCUCAUGUGGUUAUUUAGGUGCACGGCCUUUGCUCUGCCUCCACGGUAGAAACGAUGCAUUCUAUGGGAAGUUUUUUUUUUUACUGGACUGUGUCGUGUCAGGUUCAAGUUGUGUGCACGUACAUGACAUCGUGCUGACACAUCAGGCUACAAAGGGCAGUUCAGAGUGCAGCUUGUGCGGAGGAAUGACCUCACACCUUCGUGUUUGUUUAUGUUUCUGCUCUCUGCGUUGCAGCCGGAGGGAGUCAAGCACUGAUCGCUUUUGAUUGGGGGGUGAAAUGUUCUGUGUGCAUAUCACUCAUUGUACAUAAGCGUACUGCCUUUUUUUUUUAUUUCUGUGAAUCUUGGAUUGGAUUUUAAAAUGUCUUAAAUGUUUUACUUGAUUGGAAAAUAAACCUCUUCUACUGGCAUUAAAGUU